UCGUCCAUUUUCUGUCAACUGUCACCCCAAAAAAGGAAAUAAAGCGUUCGAAACGAAAAUGUAGGAGUAUUGAUUAUUUUUAACGUUUGUCACACAAAAUUACGACCGUUCCAAAAAUUCUACGUGUAUUACAGACAAAAUGGCAAACUCGUUGCAGGGCGUGUAUUCGCCCCUGCCCCAAAAUCUGAGCGACUCCGACUCUGAGAAGGAGAUCAGCAUGGAGCCAGUGUGCGGGAAUUACGGGAACAGCGGCCUAAGCAACAACUUCUCGAGGAACUCCUACAGGCAAAACGGUCAUUUAAACUUUCACAACGCCAGUGAUGAGGUGCUUAAGGUGAAGAGGGUCAAUCCCAAGAUGUCCACGAUGAGGAAGGCUGCAUUUGUUUGUUCUAUCCUUUUGUGCUUUUUGCCAGUUAUUAUAUUCCUUUGGGUGUUGCCGUGCUCGGACUCCAACACCUGUCCCAUUAAGAUAUCUAAUUGGGAGUAUCAGCAGGAAGAUAUUGAAUUUAAGGGUAAAGUAAAUGUGGUACAUGGUGCCUUUAAGAAGAACUUAAAUCUGGCCAUACUUUAUAAAGGCAGUAAGUUAUCAACUACUGUGAAGAACGGUGUCAUUUCAUUUUUGGGGUCUAGUGGAGCUGUAGCUUGGGACUUCCAUCAAGAGCCAGAUCCAAUUUCAAUGGACUGUUCUAUAAUUGACAUUGAUGGUAAUGGGCUAAAUGACUGCUUAAUACUCGACGACAAAGGUUUGAAAGCAAUCGAGACAGUGUCUGGAACUGUUAUCUGGCACGUACAAAGUAGUGAGUCUAAAGGUGCAAUAAGUGACUUAAGUAGUCUUGUGAAGUUAACAGACUUCAAUAACGAUGGCGUCACUGAAUUUCUCACUGUGUAUGAGGGCAAAAGCUUUUUAAUUGUGUGUGGCAAGACAGGACAAGCACUAAUAAAAAUUAAAACAAACUGCAACAACAUCACAGACGUAACUUUAAACAAGGAUAUGGUCAAUUAUUCAUGUCUUAGUGACGCCAAGUUUUAUGAAAUCCUCCUUGACAACUUCAGGCAAAAAUAUAAAGACCCCACAUUCACCAUAAAACCAACAAAACAACUGGGCAAGAACAAAGAACAAAUUUAUGUGUUGGGCAACCGAAAACUCAUAGUAAAUAACAAUGGCAAAUGUCCUGAAUGUUAUUCAAUAGUAACACUUCACACAGACACCGAAAAACAACUAAAAACAUGGAACUACAAAGGCUACAUCAUGAAGCCUGUGACAUUCACAUUCCAAUCAACUAAAUCAAACGUCGCCACAUUAAAGGGCCAUUUGAACGGUUUCAUCCUGAAGCUUUGGGACUGGAUGGACUCGAAAAAGAUGCAAAACCCUUUCAAAAAAUCCAAGAGGAGCUUGCCAUUAAACAAUGACACUUCAAUAAUAUAUAGAGUAACAGAAAGAGUGAUGCUGAUCACCUUCAAUUCAACGGAUAUCCGCCUGAUCAACGCCAGCAUGGUUGACAUCACCCAAAUAUGCCUGAAGGAAGAGAAAGAAGACUACACGUGCCAACCGGACCACAAGAACCAGGAGGACUCCCUACUGAUUGCUGACCUGGACCAAGACCACAGUCAGGAGCUGAUCAGCCACACGAGCACGUAUUUGAACAGGUCGGAGGGCGGCAAGGAAUCGUGGUACCUGAUGUCGUAUCUCAAGGUCUUCAGGCUGGAAGGGGAACUGCCCAAAAUGUACAAACCUAAUUAAGCUGAAUGUGAUGGAAAUGGAGUUGGUACAAUCAGCUCCCACAGUUAUUAAAUCAGACCAUUUUUCUUAGGCUUAGCACAUACAAAUAUGGGUACUUUAAAAACCAGUAGGAUCACUGGAAAUAAUUUGAUUUAAUUGUUUAAAUCCUUGUAGUUGGAGUAUUGUGGGUUUUGAUUGUGCUACUUUAUACAAGAGUGAUGAUUAGUAUUAAGUAUAUACCAGUUUUGAUGGCCAUUUAUGACCACUUCUCAGUGAGUUAAUGUACUGGAACAAACAUUCUAUUACAUUUACCUGCAUUAUUAUUAUUGUGUUUAAGAAAUAUUUAUUAACAAUCUCUUUAUUGUAUUAUAGAAGUGUAUUAUCGAGUUUGUGUUUGCCAGUUAGGUUAGUGAUCUUGAAAGUACCUUAAUCUAUUUAUUAAAAUCAAAUCUCAUAACUUGUAAGACUCUUUGCCAUAGAUAUUUAAGAUUUAUUGGGGUCCAAAAGCACUGAUUUUUAUGUAUUUGUCUGAAAUGGGUUUAUCCAAUACUUUGGCACUCAGAUUAAAUACACCUGCCCACUGAUUGGUAUUUUUGGAUAAAUUUAAUUGUUAGCAUGACAAAAUUAGACAUUGGAAAGUGUCUAUCUAUAUAUGUACCUAAUAAACGAUUCUAGUCAA